AUGAGCCAAAAAGAGCCCGAGAGCAACAACAGCGCCAUGCGCGCAGUGAAGGACUGCAUGGCAGGCUCCGUCGGCGGCAUCGCACAGGUGUUUGCCGGCCAGCCCUUCGACACCGUCAAGGUACGCAUGCAGACACAGCCCGAUCUGUACAAGGGCACAGUGGAUGCUGUGCGCAAGACCAUUCAAAAUGACGGCUUUGCUGGCUUCUACAAGGGAACGACCACGCCGCUUAUCGGUGUCGGGCUGUGCGUGUCCAUCCAGUUUCUCGUGAUGGAGCACAUGAAGCGCACUUUUGCACGUGUCAACGGAACGCCGACCGGCCAGGCACCCGUCCUCACAGCCUCGCAGCUGUACAUUGCUGGCGCCACUGCGGGCGUUGCAAACAGCAUUGUAUCUGGGCCGGUGGAGCAUAUUAGGGUGCGUCUGCAGGUACAGACGGCUGGCACAGCAGCACAGUACAAGGGCCCCAGGGACUGCAUUGGCCAAAUCCACCGCAACUUUGGGUGGAAGGGCAUCUACAAGGGUCAGGUCCCGACGCUAAUCCGCGAGUUCAACGGAUACGGAAUGUACUUUUUGGCAUAUGAGGCUCUAGUCCAGCGCACGAUCUCACAGACGGGCAAGAGCCGCUCCGAGCUGUCGUCAGGCCUGGUGUGCCUCUAUGGCGCGGCCGCUGGGUUUGCGAUGUGGCUGACUUCGUAUCCAAUUGACGUGAUCAAGAGUAAGAUGCAGACGGAUGGGUUUUCCGGCAGCGCGCGCAAGUACAGCGGGGUUAAGGGCUUCUUCCGCGGAAUUACGCCAUGCCUGCUCAGAGCAGCACCUGCAAAUGCAGCCACAUUUAUUGGGUUUGAGAUGGCCAUGCGUGUCUUUGGCUGAGUGCAGUUAACAUUUUUGGUUUAACCUACUUGCAUUAUAGAGUCAAGCACAUUUUAAAAAAUGCGUCGCUAGCUGACAUAUACUGUUUUAUAUUUUCUUAUUGCCUCGCGCAUACAUAAAUAUAUUGCGCGUUGUCGUGAGCUUUGGGCACUCGCACAGA